CGUUGCUGUCAGGAGCGCACUAGAGGCCAGACCGCGGCGGGAUCCGACGUCUGAGCUGGAACCGGCGGACUGAACGGAGCACGGCAGCUGCAGCUAGGGCGGCGCGGCCGGGGCUCCCCGCCAGGUCGCAGAGGCGAGCAGGGAGUAGCGGGCAGCCGUCGGCGCAGGCACAAUGGGGAACCGAGAGAUGGAGGAGCUGAUUCCUCUGGUGAACCGUCUGCAGGAUGCCUUCUCCGCGCUGGGACAGAGCUGCCUGCUGGAGCUGCCGCAGAUCGCUGUGGUGGGCGGCCAGAGCGCCGGCAAGAGCUCAGUGCUCGAGAACUUCGUGGGCAGGGACUUUCUCCCUCGAGGGUCAGGCAUUGUAACAAGACGCCCUCUGGUGCUGCAGCUUGUUACUUCGAAAGCAGAAUAUGCUGAAUUUCUACAUUGCAAAGGAAAAAAAUUUACAGAUUUUGAUGAAGUUCGCCAUGAGAUUGAAGUAGAAACAGAUCGAGUAACUGGGAUGAAUAAAGGCAUUUCCUCCAUACCCAUUAAUUUACGAGUCUAUUCCCCACAUGUGUUAAAUCUAACCCUCAUCGACCUACCUGGAAUUACUAAAGUGCCUGUGGGAGAUCAGCCACCAGAUAUUGAGUACCAGAUCAGAGAAAUGAUUAUGCAGUUCAUUACCCGGGAGAACUGUCUGAUUUUGGCUGUUACCCCAGCCAACACCGAUCUUGCAAACUCAGAUGCAUUGAAGCUAGCUAAAGAAGUUGAUCCUCAAGGUCUAAGAACCAUUGGCGUCAUCACUAAACUGGAUCUUAUGGAUGAAGGAACAGAUGCUCGGGAUGUUCUAGAGAACAAGCUGCUGCCGCUCCGCAGGGGUUACAUUGGGGUGGUAAACAGAAGCCAGAAGGACAUAGAUGGGAAGAAGGACAUAAAGGCUGCCAUGUUGGCAGAAAGGAAAUUUUUUCUCUCACACCCGGCUUAUAGGCAUAUUGCUGAUCGGAUGGGGACCCCACACCUGCAGAAGGUCCUUAAUCAGCAACUUACCAACCACAUCAGAGACACCCUGCCCAACUUCAGGAACAAACUGCAGGGACAGUUGCUGUCCAUAGAACACGAAGUAGAAGCCUACAAAAACUUCAAGCCAGAAGACCCCACCAGGAAGACCAAAGCAUUGCUUCAGAUGGUUCAGCAAUUUGCUGUGGACUUUGAGAAGAGAAUUGAAGGGUCAGGGGAUCAAGUAGAUACACUGGAGCUCUCAGGGGGUGCUAAAAUCAAUCGUAUUUUCCAUGAACGCUUUCCUUUUGAGAUAGUAAAGAUGGAGUUCAAUGAGAAAGAAUUACGAAGAGAAAUAAGCUAUGCAAUCAAAAACAUACAUGGUAUCAGGACAGGGUUGUUUACUCCAGACAUGGCAUUUGAAGCAAUAGUCAAAAAACAAAUUGUAAAGCUGAAAGGGCCUUCCCUGAAGAGUGUAGAUCUGGUAAUACAAGAAUUAAUCAACACUGUCAAGAAGUGUACCAAAAAACUGGCAAACUUCCCCAGACUCUGUGAGGAAACGGAAAGGAUCGUUGCUAACCACAUUCGUGAGCGAGAAGGGAAGACAAAGGACCAGGUACUGCUAUUGAUUGACAUCCAAGUCUCCUACAUCAAUACCAACCAUGAAGAUUUCAUUGGCUUUGCAAAUGCUCAGCAGAGGAGCAGUCAGGUUCACAAGAAAAACACAAUUGGAAAUCAGGGAACCAAUCUUCCGCCUUCAAGGCAAAUUGUGAUUCGAAAGGGAUGGCUAACCAUCAGCAACAUUGGCAUCAUGAAAGGAGGCUCUAAGGGAUACUGGUUCGUCCUUACUGCUGAAAGCUUGUCGUGGUACAAAGAUGAUGAGGAAAAAGAAAAGAAGUAUAUGCUUCCCUUGGACAAUUUGAAAGUUCGGGAUGUGGAAAAGAGCUUUAUGUCUAGCAAGCACAUCUUUGCACUCUUUAAUACAGAACAAAGGAAUGUAUACAAAGACUAUCGCUUCCUUGAGCUGGCAUGUGAUUCACAGGAGGAUGUAGACAGCUGGAAGGCAUCCCUACUAAGAGCUGGGGUUUAUCCUGAUAAGUCUUUAACUGAAAAUGAUGAGAAUGGCCAAGCAGAAAAUUUUUCCAUGGACCCACAGUUGGAGAGGCAAGUGGAGACCAUUCGCAACCUCGUGGACUCCUACAUGUCUAUUAUCAACAAAUGCAUCCGAGACCUAAUUCCCAAAACGAUAAUGCACCUUAUGAUCAAUAAUGUUAAAGACUUCAUAAAUUCUGAGCUCCUAGCACAGUUAUAUUCUUCAGAGGACCAAAAUACUCUGAUGGAGGAAUCUGCAGAGCAGGCACAACGCCGAGAUGAGAUGCUUCGAAUGUACCAAGCCCUUAAAGAAGCCCUUGUGGUCAUCGGGGACAUCAACACUGCCACUACGUUCACGCCAGCACCACCUCCUGUGGACGACUCCUGGAUACAGCAUUCCCGCAGGUCCCCCCCUCCAAGCCCCACCACCCAGAGAAGGCCAACACUGAGUGCACCCCUCCCACGGCCUGCUUCCGGCCGGGGGCCGGCACCUGCCAUCCCUUCCCCGGGACCUCACUCCGGGGCACCCCCAGUACCAUUCCGGCCUGGCCCGCUACCUCCCUUCCCCAACAGCAGCGACUCCUUCGGGGCACCUCCACAGGUUCCGUCACGGCCCACCAGGGCCCCCCCAAGUGUACCAAGCCGGAGACCACCCCCAUCACCAACUCGUCCCACUAUAAUCCGUCCACUAGAAUCCUCCCUGUUAGACUAAACGAAGUGCUGGCAUGGCAAUUAAUUACUAAUGAAUUAUGCGAGAGCAAAAUAUUUGAUAACUGUUGCAGUAAAUCAUGAGUAGUCGCAUGUGUGGACAUCAGUAGGCAAGUAACCAGUUUUACUAAUGCAUUCACUGCUCACCUUCAUUGCUCAUGGUAUGUCAAACUUUGGGGGUUUGACUCUUGAAAACUGCUGACUCUUUGAGGCUUUAUAUGUCGUAUCGACCAAGGUAGGUUGUUUGACAGCCCUCUGCUUUGAGGACCAUUGGCCUGCCCUGGCGUAUAUGUGGAAUUGCUUUGACAAGUUUCGCAGGUUACGUACCAUUCGAUAUAAUUCUGAAGAGAUAAGAGAUAGUGGGCUUAU